AGGCAGCAAAGGCUCGAGGAGCCGAGCGCUCGCCACUGCGCCAUGGAGCUGCACUCAUGCGGCUGCGGAGGUGGUGGUGGAGGAAGGGACCGGCGCGGGGGGCGGGGGGGGUGGCGAAGGCGCCUUUGUCUGGUCGGCCUCUGGAUCCGGAGAGGACCAUUUCCGCGCUUCAUCCUUUUCUCAGCUUUGCACUUUAUUUCCUAGAGUGGCAUGGAGGCCAGGGAAGUGGAGGGGGCUGGGUUGCGCGGUCAGCGGGUGCGGCCAGGAGGAGACAGGGGUUCACCUCUUGACCACACGCUGGCAGUCACCUGGGCAAGCAGGUUCCCAAGGACCGCCGCCUGGGAAGGCCCGCGGCUGCCAGAAGCCCAGAGCCACGCCUCCGACUCGGGUGGCCUUGGCUGCCCUGAACUGUUCCGAGGGUCAAGGACCUGGCCAGGGAUCCAGCCCCAGAUAACUUUGCUUUCACCUGGAUCUCACAGCACACGCCACGCGCAGAUUGAGUCAGUCACUUUUGGGGCUCAGAGAGUUGCGUGUGAGAAGAUGAGAGUCGGGGUCUUUGGAUUUAUUCCCUAAAAUCCAUUAACUUAUUUCUUGCACCUCAAACUGAACCUUCUGUUAUCCAUCCAUCACUUCAGCGAUUCCUCGCAGGAAUCCCCGUCCUGCGUAGACCCUUGUAAUUUUGAGUGGGCAAUGAAUUUUGGCUCUGCAUACCCUAUCUAUGUAUUUCUUACUCCUUUUUGAAUGACGUUGUGAACCGUCUCAAAAGCCUGGUCCAAAAUUUCUGGCUUCAUCCCUGCUGAGGUGCUGUUCUGAUGAGGUUUUCUCAGGGACUUCCGGAGUCUGCUCAGGUGCGCCCUCUGCCUGUUGAUAGCUUGUAGGUCAGGGGCCAGGCUUGCUUCUUUUCCUACCCUUAGACUUCCAGCCCUUUUGCCAGGGUACAAUUCACUGCCUCCUGCUUCCUGACCUUUCAGGAGUGUCCUUCGACUUUGAUCCAUCUGCCACUGCGUUUGUUUUUGUGAGUUUGCACGUUAGGUAGCCCAUCUGCUCGUGUUCUAUUGCGAUCAUUAUUAGGGAGUAAGGUGUUCUUGGUUAAACAUACAAUUCAGUCUUGACAUUUUAGAUCAUUGGGAAUGAAAUCCAGCGACCUGUUUUGAACUUUACUAUAUAAAAUCUUAUCAGCUUCCACCACGUACAGCGGGAAGCUCCAAGUUAUGUGUAGUGCUUUUUGGGUGCUGAAUGCUAGGACUUCACCGCAGUUAGAAAAUUAGAGAACCUCCGGCUUUCUUCUCCAAAGUGCUAAGAAACAGAGUGCUUUCUUAUUCUCCUAGAAAAUCUUCAGUACUCGUCUCACAACAUGAACGUUUAAAGCUAAAACCUUCACAGAGAUGUGAGAUGGAGCAGGAGCAGUGGCUAAAUGUUGAACUCUUCAAAACUUGGCGUAUGGGCUGCUGGUGUACCACCAUCAUCCCCAACACUCCAGUUCAGACGAUGGGUGAGGAAAGUGGAAAGUCUAAUCAGUCAGCCGAUGACCAGUGGGAAAAAUGAGCUACAUGAUCACCUGAUCUUCAUCAGUGAGAAAGCUUUGCACAAGAGGCUAUUUCAGAAAGAGAAUGGCGAUGAAGGAGAGACCAGACCAACAGAGAAGGAAGAGGGAAUCCUUUCUCAUGAAAAAGGAAGAAGGAAAUCAUUCUGGAGAAGGCACAGGUCUGCUAGAAAUACUUCAACCCAAAAUUCCAAAAUGACUAAGAAGAGAUCAAAAAUAAAUGAACUAGAAGAACUGAAAUUGGAUAUGAGGAAGAUCAGCAAUGACAUGGAGGAAAUGUGUGGAAUCCUGAACCUUUACAUGUAUGAGGAUUUGAACUACAGGAUGAACACUGAAUUCAACAUCAUUAAAUCACAACAUGAGAAGACAAUGUUGGAUAUGAAUAAAAUGAUCCAGUCCAUAAUUGGUUCCAUGCAGUACUCCAUGGAACUGAUAGAAGAUAACUAUUCCUACAGCAUUAAGGAGGACCACCUCCUCCGUGAGUGCACUCAACUCAACGAAAACGUAAGGAUAUUACUGAAUGAGAACAGAAGGCUGAUGGUGGAGCAGGCUGGCCAUAAGUGUCCUGUGGGGAAGAAAAGAGGUUCUCUGAGGAGGCCAGCAAGAACAUCUGUGUCCCAAGUGCCAAGGAACAGCAGGCAUGAAGGUCCUCUCCAAGAACUCAGCAAAGCUGACUGGAAUCCAGGCAUUUCUUUCUGUUCUCUUGGAAGUCUGCAGGAAGACAGCUCCUGGGCCUUUUCUUCCUCCAGCCAACCCAGUCUCCUUCACCCAAGGUGACCCAUGGCGUGCGGGGAGAAGGGGGGCUCUAUCUGAGUGGGCUUUUUCCUGAGUCCAAACCAGAUGCUUCCUUCUCCAUACGAUUGUCAG